AUGAGCGUGCAACCGGCUAGUACCUCCCAGACGGCAACAACAUCACAGGACGCUUGCUAUAUCUCACUGCUGGGUUUGGCGGAAUAUUUCCGCACCUCUGAACCACCGAACAUUAAGAAGUGUAUACAAUGUCUACAAGCUUUGUUUACGUUCAAUCCUCCGUCAAAAGUGGAGGCUCGCACACAUCUACAAAUGGGCCAAAUACUUAUAACCUACACAAACAACACUGACAUGGCCCGGGAACAUUUGGAAACGGCCUGGAGGUUAUCCGAGCCACUGCUAAAUUUCGAUGAUGUGAAAUUCGAUACGGCAUCGAUGUUGGCGGAAUUGUACAAACAAAACGAUCAGAUGGCCCUGGCCAAGGCAAUGUUGCGAAAGGCCAUCGAAUUGUCACAAAACAAUGUCUACUGGCAUUGCAAGUUGCUACUGCAAUUGGCCCAGCUGCAUGCAAAUGACAAGGAAUAUACUCUAGCUUCAGAGCUGCUUGCAGUGGGGGCCGAGUCGGCGGACGAAUCAAGUGCUACAUAUUUAAAGGUGCUAUUUCUGCUAUCACGAGCCAUGAUACUGAUGAUAGAGCGGAAGACAAACGAUGUGCUGGCGUUGUUAAAUUCGGCGGGAGCAAUAAUCGAUAAUAGCAUUUCGAAUCCACAUCAGAAGGAAUAUUUGAAAGUGUUCUUUUUGGUGCUACAGGUGUGCUAUUAUUUGGCCCUCGGCCAGGUGAAAACGGUGAAGCCCAGUUUAAAGCAAUUACAAAUGUCAAUACAAACCAUUAUGGCACCAAAUUGGCCAGCCGAUGAAGUGAUUUUUGGACAAAACCCCAUGGACAUGUUUGUAUGGCUACCCAAGGAACAACUUUACGUGCUGGUCUAUUUGGUAACGGUGUCACAUUCAAUGAUGGCCGGUUACAUGGACAAGGCACAAAAGUACACCGAAAAGGCCCUAACCCAAAUUGAAAAACUCAAAGCCCAAGAUGACAAACCCAUUUUGUCCGUUUUCAAGGUGAUAUUGUUGGAGCACAUUGUCAUGUGCCGCCUGGUUAUGGGUAAUCGGGAAUUGGCCAUUCGUGAAAUAGCCAUAUGUCGUGAUGUGUGUAUGUCUUCCGGUCCCAAGGGUCAAUUAAUGCGUAGACAUUCGGCGCAGCUGCAUUGCUUGGUCGGUCUCUAUUCCAUGUCGACGAGUUUUUUCGAACAUGCCGAACGACAAUUUUUGAAAUGUGUUAACGAAACGAGUGAGCGGGAUUUGAAGCUAUUCGCAAAUCUAAAUUUGGCUAUAAUAUACUUAAGGACAAAACGUGAUCAAGAUUUGAAACAGAUAUUGGAUGCCGUCUCAACGGAAAAUACUCAUACGUAUAGUUCGCAGGCGUUGAUGGGUGGAUUCUACUAUGUGCAGGGGCUGCAUGCCUUUCACAAAGCCAGUUUUCAUGAGGCCAAGCGAUUCUUGAGGGAGACCCUAAAAAUGGCCAAUGCCGAAGAUUUAAAUCGUCUAACGUCCUGUUCAUUGGUAUUGCUGUCUCAUGUUUUCCUUAGUAUUGGCAACUCCAAAGAAAGUAUGAACAUGGUAACACCCGCCAUGCAGUUGGCCUCCAAAAUUCCCGAUAUACAUGUCCAAUUAUGGGGAUCGGCCAUCCUUAAGGAUUUACAUCGAAUGUCCAAAGAUGUUCUACACGAAAAAGAGGCCUAUGCCAAUCAUGUAAAAUAUUCGGAAAAUCUUAUUGCUGAUCAGUUGAGAUGUGUUCAGAGUCCACAUCAUGCGUUAAUCGAUUGGUUGGACGGUCCACCCAAUACAACAUUGGCAAUUACAUCGGGCAAAGAGCAACAACAUUUACCUCAAAAUGUAUUGCCAGCGACCACAUCGACAACAUCUGCAGUAGCAGCAACAACAAUCACCGCGCCAGUGCAACAAAUUCCCACGCAACAUAUACCACAAACGAUGCAAUUACCAAGUGCAACAGCAGCAACAUCAGCUAUACAAUACGCCGCCGCUGCACCUGCCGCUAAUAUACCACAACCGACACCAACACAACCACAUCAGUCACAUAUGCAACAAUCCGUUAUUGUUCCAAGCGUUGCUGCAGCCCAUCCCAUUCCAUCAACAUCUAACCAAAUUCCACAAAACUUCCAUAACAUACAACAGGCAGUGGGGCCACAAGUCCAUCAGCUGCCACCACAACAAUAUGGCCAAUACUAUUAG